AUGCUCACAAGUGAUGAUGUAUUCAAUGACGUGGACGCAUCUGAGGGGCAACCUGACCAAAAUGAAAAGAAUAAAUCCCAUAUGAAUGACACGCACAAGUUGGACACGAGCACGAACUCAUUCCUAGAUGGGAGCUUUAAGGAAGAGAUAGGGAUUACCUCCAAGAAAGGUGCAUUAACGAAUCAAAAGCAAAAAUUCAAUAACGGUUCCCGUUUUGAAGAAAAAAAAAAUCUCGCCCAUUGCAGCAGUGAAUAUGGCAUGGAGAUCUACAAUGAAGACAUGGCAAAGGAAUACAGUCAAAAGGGAGCCAUUAAAGACACUGAACUAAAACAUUUAGCACAAACGAAUCAGCAGAAUCACGUUUCAAACAAUAGUGAACCCAGUGACAGCAACGUUUAUAACCAAGGAGAGGGAACCAACUUUAACGACCCCUCUCCGUAUGAUACUGUAAAGGACCAAAUGAUGUCAGAACAUGUGGAAAGGGAUAUACAGCAUCUGAGAAACAGCAAAAUGAACGGAGAAUUUAAACCAUUUGUAGGCAGCCCAAAGUAUAACAAACAGAAUUCAUCACUACUGGGUUAUCAGGGGAAAACAGACGACCCUCCAAGAAGUGACAAACCGGUAAAUGAAAAUAUGCCUCCCAAUAGCACCUACAUUUCGAGUAAAUCUUUUAACAACACUGCAGGCCCUGGUCAAAGCGGAACUGACCACAUCAACCGAGAUCACACCGACCAUUUUUAUGAUAACAUGAAGGCAGUAAAGAUAGACUCUGAGCUAAGUGCAAAUAACAGUGUGUCUCUAACCAGUGGGGGGAAAAAAGAAAUGGAGACAAAUCUCAAUUCCAUCCAAAGGAAUAGGACAUUGCAGCCACAUGGAGGUGCGCUGGAAGGCAUGCACCCUGGCUCUGCUGACAGGUAUGGGGAAAACACAGAAGAGUCCACAAACGGGGAGAACAUAAUUUACGAGGGACAGCAUUACCAUAACGGCAACUUCCUGGAACAAAGCGACAGAGUGGACAGCGGUGGGAACGGCCAAGUUAACAGCAGUGGGAACGACAGAAGUGGGAACGAGAGACGUGGUAACUUCCAUGAAGGGGUAGACCCAAAUGAUCCGGCUGGAGAUAGCCUAAACUCGCUGCAACUCUCGCAAAGGUAUGUUGAUAUAGGUGAAUCUGGCGAUGGACGAAAUGCACAAAAUAUGAGAGCCCGAAAUAUGGACAAUUUCGAUGAAACCUUUUUAAAAAAUAAUAAUUCUUCCGCAAAAAAUGGGGAGUUCUAUAAAAAGUUAAACAGUAAUAGGAUAGAGAUGGAGGACAAAAUAAGUGGGGGAAAUUUUAAAGCAAGCGUAGAUGCUGAGUUGGAGCAGCUAACGAGGGCUAGUAGGAGCCAUUUUCACUCCAGUAGAUCAUACACACAGCCGAUACAUGCGCAGCAGGAGUUAGGCGGAGAGUUAAUCGAGUGGGGCGGACACCCGAGUGAGCAACAUUCGAAGUACAACGGAGCGAGGAGAAUUUCUAUGCAGCCACAACCCAGCCAUCUACCCCCCAGGAAAAAAGACUUAUCCAAGUCUAUAAAUGCCAAAAUGUCAGGAGAGAAUUCUGCAGCCCGGAAAAGUGGCCAACUAGAAAAGGCAUACAACAGGGAGCAAUCAAACAGCAGACAAAUAGAACCAAGGAGAAGUUAUAUGCAUGUAAGCAACCUGCAGAUUGAAUCGAGGAGCUAUUCCAUAACCUCCAAAAAAAGUCACACUACAGGAUCGAGGGGAAAUUUUGAGGAAGAUAAAAAUGAUAUAAUUCUAUCUCAAAACAGGACUGUGAGAAUGCCUGAGAAUUUAAUAGAAUUAAAAUUUAAUCUGAAUGGAUCUGUCAGCAGGAUUUCAGAUUCGACAAAUGAGAUGCACAUGGAAGAUGGUUCGCUCAAAUGUGAGAGCGGGAAAGAGCAUUUAAUGAACAACUCGGAAGAAUCAGCACAUAACUACAUGAGGGUAGGUAGCCAAAUGGAAUAUGGAAGAACCAGCCUAGCCAAACAAAACAGAAAAAUGGAAUCAAAAAGGCACCACGAAGAUGCAUCUAAUAGCUUGAUAGAAUCGCAAUACGCAGAACACCCAGAACAUUUGAUCGAUUCACAAUUUGGACAAACCUCUAAUCAUCUAAUCGAAUCGCAAUAUGAUAUCCACAAAAGUAAUGACAAUAUGUCAGACAGUAAUAGUAGCUCUAUGGUCUUAAAUAAGAGUCAACACCAAAUGAGCAAUGGUAUGGGGGACGAACGUAGCAAUUUUAUCAAACCGGGAAACUACGCACAGAAAUCCCAAUACAGCAAUGGCAACUCGGGGACAAUGCAUACAAAAUCCAAGAGUCUAAUCAAUUCGACACACAGUCAGAUGCAACUACGGAGUAUUGCUCAUCGUCCAAGUAAUAACGUUAUGAAGCAAAAUAAGGUUCAUAAAGAGUCGAGUGGCAGUUUGGUGGAGUCUCGCAACAGUCUCAUGAAUUCACAGAGUCGGCAUAACGAGAUGUGGAAGAGUUUGACAGAGACGAAUGAUACGUUUGGGAAUUCUAAAUUUAGUCACAGCGUGUCCGGCUCGAGGCGCAGCCACACGGAAAGCGCCAGCAGCGGCAGCAUGAACAAUGGCCAACGGGACGCGGACAAUUUGAAGGAGUAUGCCAACCAUUCGCAGAGCUACACGGACCAUUCGAAUGCUAGGUUGGAAGAGAGACCACCUCAACCAGCCCACUCAUUUCAACAAAACAGAAAAGAUCUAAAUGAAAUGAACCAUUACUAUGAUAACAGACGAAGCAGGCCCCAUUUGAACAGAAGUGAAUAUGCCCCGAAGAAGAACGUCCAACAUCCUUAUGAAAAAUUCAAUACCUGUGUCCGCGAUGAUGAGCAAAAGGCUGAUUUGUUGCAAGCGUUCCAAAAGGGUAUUAAAACCAAGUGGGGUGUAAAAAAUGUACAAGUCCAAGGUGAAAACGAAAUGGGGAAAUCACGAAACAGUUUGGACGAUUAUGAAAAGAGACAGCGAAAUGACAUCAUUCGUGCGUCUGAGAAUCACAAUUUAAAGAAAGAACAAAGUAGGAAUUAUUUCUCCACGGACGACAACAAUGGCAAUGUGCCGCAAAUGUCCCGUGCGUCUCGAAUGUCACAUGCACCUCUCGUGCAUAAUGAAGAUGUUGACCAAAAAAUGGGCAGUAAAAUGCACUACGACGAAUUAGAGCACAGUUUUGAAAACUUCGAAAAGGGGGGACAUAAGGACGGUGGCGAUCUGGAGUUUUCCUUCGAUCAGGAAAAUAAAAUCUCCAAUGAUAUGUGCAAAGAUAUGGGCAAGGACUUCUCAACAUCCAUUACGGAUUCGCAACUUUUAAUGAGCGGCUCUAAUAAUAUUAUGCACCACUCAGAUAUAAAUACUUCGAACCAUUUUGAUUUAGGGAUGUCCUAUAAAUCAAACAAUAUUUCCGACAUGGAUAAGUUCGCCAUGGAAAAUAAUUUCAAUUUGAACGUCAAUUCGAAUUAUAUUAAACGGCUAACCAUGAACGACAAUUUCGUCAACACAGAUUUGCAGAUCUCCUACAUGGAAAAUGAAAUUCAAAAUAAAAUAAAAGACUUUGACAACUUCUUGGGGAAGGCUUUUGAGCACAAGUGUAAUUCUGUCCUCAACAGAAUUGAGAAGCUGCUUUCCUCCGACUUUUUCGGCGAGUCGUAG